CCUAACGGAGGGAGGUCUCUGAGUCAAGCUCACCCGGAGGCUCGUUCCCUGCAGACACCGGAGAGAACUAUUUUUAUCAUGGACAAACCAAGAUCUCCAAGAAAUACUGGCUACCUUGACCCCCAGGCUGGCUCUCUAGAGCCCCAAGCUGGCUAUCCAGGGUCCCAGGCAGGCUACCCACUUCUACCAGCUGACUAUCUAGUUGCUGACCAAAGCAGCAUUCCUGCCUCAGAUCAGCCAGGACAUACUCAGCCUGGUGGACCCGCAGAGGUACCAUGGAUGCCAGCUCCACCACGUCCGUUGAACUGCCCACCUGGAUUGGAGUAUUUGACUCAGAUAGAUCAGGUACUGAUUCAUCAAGAAGUUAAGCUACUAAAAGUCUUACUAGAUUUUCAAAGUAAAAACAAAUAUGAAAUUAAAAACAGCUUCGGACAGAAGAUUUUCCUGGCAGUGGAAGAUACUGAUUGCUGUACCCGAAAUUGCUGGGAGGCACUUAGACCUUUCACAUUGAGGAUUCUUGAUAACACGGGCCGAGAAGUGAUGACCCUGGAGCGACCACUGAGAUGCAACAGUUGCUGUUUCCCCUGCUGCCUUCAGAAGAUAGAAGUUCAAGCUCCUCCUGGUGUCCCAAUUGGAUAUAUAACUCAGACCUGGCAUCCAUUUCUGCCUAAAUUUAAAAUUCAAAAUGAGAAGGAAGAGGAUGUGCUAAAAAUUUGUGGUCCAUUUUUUGUGUGUAACUGUUUUGGAGAUGUUGACUUUGAGAUUAAAUCUCUUGAUGAACAAAGUGUGGUUGGCAAGAUUGCUAAGCAGUGGACUGGGCUUUACAGAGAGGCAUUUACAGACGCUGAUAACUUUGGGAUCCAGUUUCCUGUAGACCUUGAUGUGAAAAUGAAAGCUGUGGUGCUUGGUGCUUGUUUCCUCAUUGACUUCAUGUUUUUUGAAAGCUGUGGAGGCAUGGAGCCAAUAAUAGGUGUAUGGUAGUGGUAAUGGAUUAAUGAAAAUAUCCUCAGAAAAUAUAUAAUCUGUUCAUUGAUUGGGAUUAUCUAAUAAAUGUGGAU